UCCUGAGCGAGGCCUGCGUCAAAUAAGCCCGUUCAUUUUGUCCAUCUCAUCUGCCUUCCUGUCUAUAGUCCUGCAAUGAUAAUAUGGAGAGAAACUGCGAGAAAGGGCAGGUGUUUUCCAGUGUGUAACCGCAGGGUUGGAUAAGCCGAGUAAAACCGGCCCGCGUCCGACUCGAUACGCCACUUUCUCGCUUGCCGCUCUCGCACCUUCGUCUGUAUUGGCCGGGCCCAAGGAGCGUGGAGACGGCGUAUAAACAGCCACCGCUUCCCCUUACUUGCUGAUCGAUACGGUGAUUCUACGGGAGAGAUUCGUCCAUCGAACGGUUGCAGAUCUAACGCGGCAUACAAUUAUUAAAGUAGUACAUCGUCUCUAAGCCUCAACGAUUCAGACGCGUCGUCAUAUAUUGCAGUCACCAUGCCACACACAGGGCAAGCCGGUGUGAAUCAACUAGGGGGUGUUUUCGUGAAUGGUCGCCCGUUACCUGACUGUGUCCGAGCUCGAAUUAUCCAGCUGGCUCAGCUAGGUGUCAGGCCAUGUGAUAUAUCAAGACAGCUUCUUGUGUCUCAUGGUUGCGUCUCUAAGAUCUUGACAAGAUUCUUCGAGACAGGGUCUAUUCGACCAGGCAACAUUGGGGGCAGUAAACCUAAGGUAGCAACACCAUUAGUAGUCAAGAAGAUAAUGGGUUAUAAACAUGACAACCCAUCAAUCUUUGCGUGGGAGAUUCGAGAUAGACUUCUACAAGAGCGAGUUUGUGAUGAGAGUACCAUACCAAGUGUUAGUUCCAUCAAUCGUAUUCUACGAAACAGUACUCCUAAUGGUUCAGUAGGGGAAAUGACAACGAAUCUCCCUGCACCAGUUGCAAGGUUACCAACUCUCGUACCACAGAGGUUGUCGCCAGUACAGAGUACCAACCAACUAGUCUACAAAUCGCCCUCAACGAGUAAACAGAGCCAUUCCAUUGAUCAUAUCCUGCAAGGAAGCGAGGGAAGAAAACGGAAAAUGAUGAGCAGUGACUCAGAAGAGGAUGAGGAAGAAAGAAACGAAAAAAUGAGUAAAUCUGAAGAUACAACACCUCCAACCUCCACCUGCUCCAUCAGUAAACUUGUGAAAGUCGCCUCAACACCCAAGACGCAAUUAACAUCAUCAGACAGUCACCAAACAACAGCAGACAUUGUGUUGUUACCCAAUACAUCAUUGCAACAAACAACAUCCGCUAUGGUUGCUAGUACAUUAUUAUCCCCAACUAAGAUGUGUCUAACAGGUUUACCUAGUAUACCAGUUACCCCCUCCCCACUCCCCACAGCACCCAUGAUCCCAAGAGGGGCAGCUGUUGCCCAAGCUUUAGCUGCUAUUGGGGGAUUCUCAUUUGCUGGGUUACCGGGUGGUAUGUUACCAUUAAGGACAUCUGGGCCAGUCAGUAACACACCAGUAGCCUAUCCAGCAUUCGCUAUGGCAUUACAAAGUGGAUGGGCAUAUAGGGCGAUGAAAUCACAUUCAAAAUAAAUUGGGGGUUUUUCAUGUUGUGUAAGAUAGCUUGAACUUACUAAAUGAUAGAUGUAAUUAGUAGGCUACCAUAGCACCCAUAAGCAACGGU